AUGUGUUUAUCUCUCUUUCUCUCUCUCUCUUAAAAUGAUACAUCUGUCAAAAGAAAAUAAGGGAUUUCCAAAAGCAAACUAUAUCAUGCCCUAGUAGAAAGCAAUAUAAAUUAUCACAAGUAAAAAUGGCAGAAUCUUAGGAGGAAAUUUGGAAAGUGAAUAAUAAAAAAAUAUAGAAGGAUAUUAAAAAAGGAAAGCUAUGAGAAAUUCAGAGGGUUAUCAAGAAGUAAUGGAAAAUAAUUACAUCCCAGAAUUCUGACAGAAGGCUUAAAAUCUUUAUCAUAAAUGGCCUUAAUAAAACCCCUCUGUGCUUGGUCACACUUCUAUGGACCCUUAUAUUCACAAAAAUCCUUCAACACAAUUUUAUCCUCUGAAAACAUAUUUAUUUUCUUUGGGGAAAAAAUGACUGUUUGCAAUAAUUUUACUAGGAACAUUUAAUAGCAUAAUGGUAGAAUACACAAGGUGUGAACACCUCAUUUAAUUCUUUAGGCGGCUCUGAAAAUCCCACACAAAGUAUAAAAUUAUGUAACACAGCCUUUAUUAUGGCCCAUGACACUCAGACCAUUUACAAUUUAUAUCAGCUGUUAGGCUUAGCUUAGUCACUACGACUAAAGUUAGAACUGAAGAUAAUUUGGCCUAUAAUUAAAUUACAAACCUGAACUUUAUAAUAAUAUAGUAGGUAAUGUAUCCUAAAUAGUGCCACAAAUCACAUCUCCAAUAUCCUCAUAAAGAUCCAUUUGAUGAACUGCAUAAUGGACUUCUUUACUGAUUUUUUCCCAUCUAGGCAGUAUCUUGAAGGAGGUGUAUUAAAUUUUCUCAGCUGAAUGAGAGGCUAGCUUAAGAUACAUUGUGAGAAAUUACUAGCAACAUGUAAUCCACAAUGAAUUGAUGGAGCAAACUCCUUUCCUACUUCUUAUAUCUUCAGCUUUUACAGGGUGACUUUGAAAGCUUCAAGAAGGAGGAUAGCUCUAUUCAGACUACAACUACUUCUGAAAGUCCUUAAUUUAAAUUCUGACUAGAAAAGAGACAAAAUAAAUACAUUGCAGGUAAAAUUUUGUUUGAUAUUUCAAAAAGGUAUGACUGAUAUAAAAUCAGUAACAGGAUGGUGACAUACGCUGUCCUCAGGGAUGCUUUUCUUGUCUGUACAUUCUUGAGUAAAGACAGUACUGUACCUUCAGGAUCUGAUAAAACCAUUUGCUUUGUUGUUUUCUUCAGUAAUAAUAAAAAAUGUAUAGAAGUUUUUUAGACAUAACUCCUGGUGAAAAAGUCAUUUCAGCUUGAGUCCUUUACUUAUAUGUUUUCUAAAUGCCUGGAAAUUACUGCCAUGCAAAACUGAAAAAGAGCCCUGAUGUCCUUUGUGUUUCUCUAAAACCCAAGUAUUUUUUAUAACUGUUGCAAGGAACAUAUUGCAUUGGCACUUAACACUGAUAACAUUGUGCAAGUGUGACUGUCCAAGACACCUAGCAUAAAGAAUAGAGAUCAAAGUCAAGAAGAUUCCGGUUUCCAAAAGUAUUUCUCUUGGUAGCGAAAUGAAUUGUAAAAAAUAUGACCAUAACACUUUUCUGAAAUAUGACCAAAAUACUUCUUUUUAUAUAAGAAAGGGAAGAAAAGAACUGUUUUCAGAAGACUCUAGUUCAGAGAUUUUUAAGAAACAAGAAAUGUAUGUUCCGAGAGUCUGACUAGUUGAACUUUACCAACUCUGUGAUCCAAAUGGCACAAAGCUGCUUGUCUCUACAGACAAGCCAUUCAACAUACCAGGCAAGACAGCAUUUUCUUUAAUUAUCUGUCCUGUCAUCAGUCCCUCCCUACUUCCUGCAUAGAGUUUUAGCUAUUGAUUUUCAUUUUUCCCAGUCUAUGCCACAAACAGAUAGCAGAGUCAACAUAUUCUACUAUAGUGACAUUGACACUGACUAAAAGACAAUCGAGUGAUGUUCAAAAAGUCAAAAUAAUUAUGUUUGUCUUACAGGAAAAAAAACUAUAGCAAAUUUUCUUCCAUAAAACUUUAUUACUUGAAGAGAGUAUGAAUUUUCUCAUAAUUGUAACAUAAAUUUGUUCAUUUAUUGGUAUGAUAAACUUGCCAACAGACAGGUUCCUUAAUAAAGUUAAUAGGUUAGACUAGAUUAAUUAUUUGAGGUUUUAUCAACCCAUUAUCGUCAUAAUGGAAUAAUAUGUUUUCUGAGCCACCCAUGCUGUGAAAAUUAAGCAACAUCUUAUCCAUAGGUUACAUUUAAUGAUAUUACAUUGCAAUACAUUUAAAUUAUUAAUGACCACUGUUGCAAUCUAAAAAUACAAUGGUUAAAGGUUUCCUUAGUGUAAGGGGGGUACUUUUGAAUUAGAUGAUCAAUGGAGCAUAGAGGCGUGAGAAAGGAAUCAUAUUAGGAUGUGAAACCAGCUAGAGUAUGGUACAAUGUAACUUCAUGGCACAAGCGAAUUGUAAGGUCCAUUGUGCUUUUUAGCAAGUCAGCUUGAUAUCCCCUGUUAUCAGAGCUGAGUUCUUCCUUGGUUUUGCUACAUAUUGCAAGAUAGAUACAUCUACCCUUGAAACACAAUGGUAGAGGUCAUACAUAGGGGUGAGAAAGAUGAUGAUGGGAGGAAGAUGAUGUGGGCAGGGGUCGCUUGCCCCUUGCCCCACAAGUAGGGCAUGCGCAGACUGUUGCCAUUAGGUAAUGAUUAGGCGGUGUUUGGCUGCCAUUCAGGCAUCACCUUAUACUGCGUACUGGCCCUGCGUAGUGUAAUGUGGAACUGAUAAAAAUGGGGUGUUGGAACUGCUGAGUUGAGCGAUACUCAUCCUACCACCGAGACUGUGUUGCUCCGCGGGGACGCCCGCUAAGCAUGGGUACCGACCAGCUGCUGCAGAUCCUGACAGCCCUGGCCUGUCUGUGUGGCACUUAAAUAUCAAGACACUGACAGAUGACGUGUUGGAUAGAUUUGCCAGUAUAAGAAUUCCAAAAAGUAAAAAAGAAAGACCUCCUCUACCGCAUAUGAAGCAGUCACAUUCUACAGAUUGGUCAUCCACAUCUAUGGAUCCAGAGGAUUUUGCUCCAAAACCACUGUCGGAAAGAGAAAUCAUAGCACUGUUUGAAAAAAUGAUGGAAGAUAUGAAUUUAAAUGAAGACAAGAAGAUGCCAUUGAGAGAAAAGGAUUUUAAUACCAAAAAAGAAAUGGUGAUGCAAUAUAUUAGCACUGCUUCAAAGUCUGGAAGUCUCAAGAACAGUAGGAAGAUUUCACCCCAAGAGUUUAUUCAGGAUUUAAAAUCUGGGUCAACAGAUGAAAGACUAGUCACUUGCUUAGAGUCUCUCCGUGUGUCCUUGACUAGUAAUCCUGUCAGCUGGGUUGAAAACUUUGGCCGAGAAGGUCUAGGACUGCUAUUGGAUGUUUUGGAAAGAUUGGUUGAGAUAAAAAAUCAGGACAGAGUUGUGAAGAGGAGUCAGCAUAAGGUUAUACAGUGUUUGAGAGCCUUCAUGAAUAAUAAGUAUGGGUUGGAAAGAAUUUUGGGAGAAGAGAGGAGCCUUUUGUUGCUGACCAAAGCAAUUGAUCCCAAGCAAACUAACAUGAUGACGGAUAUAGUUAAACUCCUAUCUGCAAUGUGCAUUGUUGGAGAGGAAAACAUCCUUGAAAAAAUUUUGGAAGCUGUAACAGCAGCAGCAGAGGAAAGGAAUGUUGGCAGAUUCUCUCCUAUUGUAGAAGGUCUUCAGGAUAACUCAGUUCAGCUGCAAGUAGCUUGCAUGCAGCUCAUCAAUGCUCUCGUUACAUCUCCUGAUGACUUGGAUUUUAGGCUUCACAUCAGAAAUGAAUUUAUGCGCAGUGGAUUGAAAGAGAUAUUGCCACAACUGAAAUCUAUAAAGAAUGAAGCACUAGAUAUUCAGCUGAAAGUGUUCAAUGAGCAUAAGGAAGAAGACAUGAUCGAGUUCUCUCAUCGCUUAGAAGAUAUUAGAUCUGAACUAGAUGAAGUAAAUGAUGUUUACAACAUGGUGUGGAAUACAGUUAAGGACACUAGUGCUGAAGGAUAUUUUCUUUCUAUUCUCCAGCAUCUUUUGCUGAUAAGAAAUGAUUAUUUUAUCCGUCCACAGUAUUUCAAAUUAAUUGAAGAGUGUGUGUCACAGAUAGUGUUACACCGAAAUGGAACAGACCCAGACUUCACCUAUCGUAAAAGAUUAGAUGUAAAUUUCAGCCACUUACUAGAUAUUUGUGUAGAUAAAGCAAGAUUAGAAGAAUGUGAAGAGAGGGCUUCUGAACUUUCCAGAAAAUUUGAAAAAGAUUUUGUAGUUCACCAGGAGACCCAGGCCCUACUGCAAAAAAAAGAAGAAAGAAUCAAUGAACUUGAGACAGAAUUACAAGCUUUUAAAUCACAGUAUGGCUCUGUGCCACCUGGUUUUCUGCCAUCAACAUGUGGAGAUGCCUCUGUUGUUCCACUGGAAGGUGCAGGACGACAUCAACUUCCACCACCUCCUCCUCCACCACUGCCUUCUAAUGGAGCAAUUCCACCACCACCGCCACCCCCUCCUCCUCCACCACUUCUGAGUGGCUCAGGAGCUCCUCUGGCUUUUGGUGGUGCUCCUCCACCACCACCUCUACCAGGCCUGCCUGGAAUACAGUGGUCCCCACCUUCCUGUGCUUUGCCGUUCGGAAUGAAGCCUAAAAAAGAAUUUAGACCUGAGGUUACCAUGAAAAGACUCAACUGGUCCAAGAUCAGGCCUCAGGAGAUGACAGAAUCCUGUUUUUGGGUUAAGGCAGAAGAGGACAAGUAUGAGAAUGCUGCCAUGCUUUGCAAAUUGGAACUUACAUUUUCUUGUCAAAAAAGGGUAAAAAGAGAGGAGGAUGAUUUUGAAGAAAAGAAAUCCAUUAAGAAACGAAUCAAAGAAUUAAAAGUUUUGGACCCAAAGAUUGCGCAGAAUCUGUCGAUUUUCCUUGGAUCUUUCCGAGUGCCUUAUGAGGAAAUCAAAAUGAUGAUACUGGAAGUAGAUGAAACCCAACUAUCAGAGUCCAUGAUUCAGAAUUUAAUAAAACACCUUCCCGAACAAGAACAAUUGAAUGCAUUGUCCAAGUUCAAGAGCGAGUAUAAAAAUUUGUCUGAGCCAGAGCAGUUCGGAGUUGUGAUGAGCAACGUGAAGAGACUACGGCCACGGCUCAGUGCUAUUCUUUUUAAGCUUCAGUUUGAGGAGCAGGUGAAUAACAUCAAACCUGACAUCAUGGCUGUCAGUGCUGCCUGUGAAGAGAUAAAGAAGAGUAAAAGCUUUAGCAAGCUGCUGGAACUAGUAUUGUUAAUGGGAAACUACAUGAAUGCAGGUUCUCGGAAUGCACAGACCUUCGGAUAUAAUCUCAGCUCCCUAUGUAAACUGAGAGACACAAAGUCGGCAGAUCAGAAAACAACAUUGCUACAUUUUCUCGUAGAAGUGUGUGAAGAAAGCUAUCAGGAUGUCCUGGAUUUUGUCGAGGAUUUUCAGCAUUUAGAUAAAGCUAGUAAAGUCUCAGCAGAAAACCUGGAGAAGAGCCUUAAGCAUAUGGAGAAGCAACUCCAACAGCUUGAGAAGGAUUUGCAGACUUUUCCAGUUCCUGAAGAUAAGCAUGAUAAGUUUAUAGCAAAAAUGUCAAGCUUUCUAGUUCAUGCCAAAGAAGAUUUUCAGAAACUUUCACGGAUGCAUGAGAACAUGGAAAAACUCUAUCAGAACGUGAUGAGAUAUUAUGCCAUUGAUCCGAAGAAAGUUUCGGUGGAGGAGUUUUUAACAGACUUAAACAACUUCAGGACCAUGUUCAUGCAAGCAAUAAAAGAAAAUAUGAGAAGAAGGGAAGCAGAAGAAAAACAGAGACGUGCUAAAAUAGCUAAGGAGAAGGCAGAAAAAGAAAAACAAGAGAGGCAACAAAAGAAAAAGCGCUUGUUAGAAAUGAAAACAGAAGGUGAGGAGACUGGAGUGAUGGAUAGCCUGUUGGAGGCCUUGCAAUCAGGUGCAGCUUUUCGAGACCGAAGGAAAAGGACACCAAGGUCUAAAGACAUACCACAAAAUCUCAGCCCAACCACACAGCGGCCUGUUCUGAAAGCUUGUAACCAUGAGAACCAGAAAGAACAACUAGAGAAGCCGUGUUCACACCACAGUAUCAGUUUAAACUUGACAAGAAGCCCAGUCACCAAAGAAGUUACAUAUGAUGUGGAAACAAGUUCCAAGGCAUGGAACAAGGCUGUUGGGAGAAAGGAAGACUGUCACGGAGAAGGCAACAAGGAAAAGAAAACAGAUCGUAUCGGGUCUCCUUUUCAGGGAGAAGCCAUUCCAGAAGUAGAAGCUCUCUUGGCAAGACUGCGAGCACUGUAGAAUACUCAUAUAAAAGAUUAAAUAAAAGCCUAAAAAUAAUAGUCUA